AUGGGGACUGGUUGCGAAGGCGGCGACGCCCACACUGAUGUUGCAGUCUUUGGGCAUCCCUUUUCUGGACAUUUCGGGACGGCUUUACAGGCGGCGUCAUUCAGAGGCCACGAGAAGAUCGUACAGCUACUCCUCAAGAAGGGCGCCGAUAUUCACGUACAAGCUGGACAUUACGGGACGGCUUUACAGGCGGCGUCGUACGGAGGCCACGAGAAGAUCGUACAGCUACUCCUCGAGAAGGGCGCCGAUAUUCACGUACAAGCUGGACAUUACGGGACGGCUUUACAGGCGGCGUCGUACGGAGGCCAUGAGAAGAUCGUACAGCUACUCCUCGAGAACGGUGCCGAUAUUCACGUACAAGCUGGAGAGCUACUCCUCGAGAAGGGCGCCGAUAUUCACGUACAAGCUGGACAUUUCGGGACGGCUUUACAGGCGGCGUCAUUCAGAGGCCACGAGAAGAUCGUACAGCUACUCCUCGAGAAGGGCGCCGAUAUUCACGUACAAGCUGGACAGUACGGAAUUGCUUUGCAACGGAAUAUGCAACUGAUUAUUCAAAAGACUCAGCAACUCUACCAGCAGAACGUGGGCAAGUGGGCGGCGCAGUUUGGUGAUAUACAGAACGUUCCCCCCGAGGCACAUGACAACUUCAAGCGGCAAUGCCGUACUAAGGCCGGGGAGUGGAUGCAGCAGCAGUUGGCUGUGAGGAAUCAUCAGGCCCAAAUGGCGAUGAUGCAACAACAGCAGCAACACCAGCAGCAGCAAGGCAUGAACGGGAUGAACGCUGGACAUUUCGAGACGGCUUUACAGGCGGCGUCAUUCGGAGGCCACGAGAAGAUCGUAAAGCUACUCCUCGAGAAGGGCGCCGAUAUUCACGUACAAGCUGGACAUUACGGGACGGCUUUACAGGCGGCGUCGAUAAGAGGCGACGAGAAGAUCAUACAGCUACUCCUAGAGAAGGGCGCCGAUAUUCACGUACCCAUCUGCGGCUACCUUACUUAA